AUGAAACUUCCCAAUGUUGCAGUUGUUGGCGGUGGACCGGCUGGCCUUAUGUUGGGUAGACUUUUACUGCUAAAAAAAAUACCCUUUACUAUUUUCGAGCUAGAUUCGGGCCCUGACGAAAGAAAUCAGGGGGGUACGUUAGAUCUACAUCCUGAAACUGGUCAAGUUGCUAUUAAGAAAGCUCAAUUGGUUAAAGAGUUUCAAUUACGGGCUCGCCCUGAGGGUGAUUGUAUGAAGCUAGUUUCAUACAAUGGUACAAUAUUAUUCGAUGAAAGACAAAAUAAUAAGUCUUUUGAAAAUUCCACUCGUCCUGAAAUAGAUCGAAACAAAUUAAAAAAUAUGUUAUUGGAAUCGUUCGAUCAGAAGCAUAUCAAUUGGAGUAAGAAAUUGAGAAAUAUAGAUGUUGUAGGUGACAAAUAUAACUUGAAUUUCUCAGAUGGUACAGCUGAAGCUGGAUACGACGUGGUGGUAGGUGCAGAUGGUGCUUGGUCUAAAGUUAGGCCCUUAGUAACGGAAGUUAAGCCUUAUUAUUCUUCAGUUACCCUCAUUGAAUUCUGGCGCAAUAAUGCUACUAAAACCUCGCCUUGGCUUUCAGACUAUGUGGGGCAGGGAAGUUGUAGUAUGUAUGAUGAAAAUAGAGCUGUCAUGGGACAACGAAAUGGAGAUGAUAGUAUUAGAAUAUAUGCAUGUAUGCGUAAAGAUGAGUUGUGGUCGAAGACAUGUGGUAUUGAUUGGUCGAACAAGACAAAUGCAAGGCGAGAAUUGAUUAAACUUUGUUUCGAUGAUUGUCAUGAAGAUAUCAAGUCAAUGAUUUUGGAAGGUACUGAUGAACUAAUAGUACGGCCACUUUAUAUGUUGCCUAUAGGAAUUUCCUGGCUGAAUCGAAAAGGUAUUACACUAGUGGGCGAUGCAGCACAUUUGAUGACUCCUUUUGCCGCAAAUGGUGCUAAUUUGGCACUAUUUGAUGCUUGGAAACUUGUUGAAAGUAUAGAAGAGAGCAAGGGGGAUUAUUUGCAAGGCAUAGUUCGGUAUGAACAGAGCUUAUUUGAAAGAUCUAAAGAACAUGCGAAAGAAACUUGGGAUAAUUUGGAAACCUUUUUUAAAGCGGACGGCAACGAAAAAAUUAUUAAACUUAUACAAGGACACUAA